AAAAAGGCCUUUUCACUUCAAUUUUAGCAAUUGAUUGAUUAGUUCUCUGACCAAUAGUUUGCUGGAAAUAUACUUAUGUAGGGUUCAGAGAGUGACUGAGAGAUGUGACUUUUUAGAUUGCAUUCAAACAGCCAUCAAUGGUUCUUUGGGGCAUUUUGAAAGCAGCUUUCAGAGUGAAUCCAAAGCAAUCAAUAAAGCCUUCCAAAAGCUUUAUCGAUUGCUUUUAAUGCACUGUGAUGCACUUGUUAACGCUCUUGAUCCAAAAUUCACGUCUUAUAAAAGCAAGAUGUAUGCCAUGUAUUCAGUUUGCCUUUUUAAACCAAUGCUGCCUCUUGUUCAUAAGAUGGCACAUGCAUAUACCCAGUAAAGUGCUGUAAGGAUGACAAGAUGAGAAACAACAAUCUGAACAUCGAUAAUUGCUUUCAAGUGAUUUUUGUGAUCCUGUUAUGUUGACUUAUGGCAGUGUCAGUAUGCUACCAUUUGUAAGGCAGGGCAUGCGGGAGCAGGGAUGUGACUGAUAUUUACCAGUGCCUUGAAAGAAAAUUGCUAAAGGCCUUCAGAUAAGAUAAUCCAUCUUGAAGUUUCGGUUCCUGUUCGGUUGUUGAUAGAUUUAUUGAAACUGUUUUCUGCACAAGUGAACACACUGUGCAGGAGACAGAAAUGCACAAAACUGUUGCUGUUGUGUCAGUAUGGUAAAUUUGGUACAGAGAAGAAAGCCCAUAGAGGCUCAUUAGCAUGACUUUUGAGUGAGCAAUGAGCUCAUCAAUAGAACUGGAAAAGGGCAUCUGGGCUUUUUUUUCCACUUUUAGUUUAGAACUCAUAUUAGCUAAUUUACUGUGUCCCCUGCCUGUCAUUACGAUGGUAUGUCUUUAUAAACCAUUGGCCUGUGGACACAAAGACAUGCCUCUAGUUCAUGAAAGGUCCAAAGAAUAGCCUAGGAGAUGUUCUGACACAGGACGCUAAUUAAUGGCCGCAAGCUUCGCAACGCAUCAACCCUUCAAAUGAACAAGAGAAUUAUGAGUUCUGUGUCAUUUUUGUGGUUGGCCUGAAUGACGUGUAUCAGCGUGGACCACAUAAAAGACGCUCGUUCUCUGCUGGGGACCAAAGGACAUCAGACGACUCUUUAUCACACAAGCCAGAUGAUGAUGUGUUUCCACUCCAAAUUCCACAAAGCUGCUGGGAUGGACAAGUCGAACAGGCAGAAGAUCCUGCUCCUGGUUUUGAUGUUGCUGCUGUCUCAGCUGGCUUGCGAUGCUCACAGCAUGUCUGAGUGCUGCAGACAGCCUUACCCCUCCUGUCGUCUGUAUGUGCUGCUGUGUCGCUCCGGCAGUAAGACCUUAGGGGAAGCGCUCACAAGUGAUGCUGCCGCCGGCAUCCUUACUCUGGGUAAGCGAAAAGAAGACGACACCCGCCUACAGAGCCGACUCGCCCAUCUCCUCCAUGUGUCCAGGAAUCCUGCAGCAGGGAUCCUGACGAUGGGGAAGAGGACUGAUGGGAGGUCUUCAGAGUACACAGACUGGAUGGCACAGUCAGGAGUCAGCAUCACAACACCUGUUCUAAGCUAAAGAACAUAUGGCUCACGUAUAAAAGGGCUAUUUUAUUGCUCAUGUAGAAACAGUUCUGUGAUUUUCUUUGAAUUGUCUUUUUGAACAUGGUCUCUUGACUGCCUGUUUGCCUGUCACAUUGCAUUAGGAAGA